CAGCACUGCUCGAACAUGUGUUGCUAACACGCGCUUUUGUUUUAUAAAUAUAAACAAAGUUUUGCUUUAACAAAUAAAUGGGUGUUCGUGGCCUGACCAGCUACAUAGCGCAACGUGCCGAGCUCUACCUGAAGCCGCACGAGUUACACAACACUGCACUGGUCAUCGAUGGCGACAACUUGGCCUGCAAUUUGUACAAGGAUGUGACCGGCUGCUAUUCGGCCUUUGGCGGCGACUACGACGACUUCUAUCGCGCCGUCGUCGAGUUCUUCCAGGUGCUCGCCGAGUGCCAGAUCCGCGCCUAUGUCCUCAUGGACGGCGGCUACGAGGAGCGCAAGCUGCGCACCGUCGGCAAGCGGCUGCGCGGCAAGAUUGCGGUCAUCAAGAGGAUAAAUCCGUGCGAUUCGAUCACGCUCUUUCCGCUGCACCUGAAGGAGGUGUUCGUCGAUGCCGUCCGGGACUGCGGCGUGCCCGUCAUGCGCUGCGUCUUCGAGGCGGACGACGAACUGGCCGCCCUUGCCCGCAAGCUCAACUGCCCCGUGCUCUCCUACGACUCGGACUUCUAUAUACACAACGUCAAGUACAUACCCCUCAUCACGCUCACCGUCAAGGUGCUCACCAAGCAGCGCAGCAAGGCGAAGGCAGAGACGCCGCGCCAGCUGCGCCGGCACGAGGCGAAGCAUGUCGAGAAACGCACCAAGGCCAACAAAAUUGUCUCCGGCAUCACGAGCCAGGUCACUGGGAAGACCUCUGCCAAGACUAGCUACAAAUAUCUCGACUGUUGCAUCUAUCGUGUGGAGCAUUUGUGUGGGCGUGGCGCCCUCAGCCCCGAGAAGCUGCCGCUGUUUGCGGCUCUCCUUGGCAACGACUAUAUAGCGCGUUCCGCGUUUCGCAACUUUUUUGCCGCUGGGAUGGGCAAAGCAGGACGCAGUCGCAAAUUGAGGAAGCAGCAGCGAAGGAUUCGCGUCAUUUUGCAGUGGCUGCGCGAACAGACGGCCGAGUCGGCGCUGGCCAAGGUGCUCUCCCGGCUGAAAAAGUUCCAGCGCGAUUCUUUGGUGUCUCAGGUGCAGGCAGCCAUUUCUGGUUAUUCGAAUGAGCUUUGCCACGCCUACGAGUUCUUUGAGAAGCACUACGAGAAUGCAUUUUCCUACGUGGAGGCAGCUAGCGAGGAGGAAGAGGCAGAGGAGAAGGAGGAACUAAGUGAAGAGGGAACCUCGUCUGAUGCGGAAGAGGCAGAGGAGGACGAGGAGCCAGCAGCUGAGCAGCUGGAUGACAAAGAUGUGGAUGUGGAUGAAGAUGUCGAAGAGGAGGAGGAGGAGGAGGAGGAGGAGCAGGAUGAUGCAGAGGAUACACCCGAUGUGGAGGACAAGACGCUGCUGUUUCCGCAAUGGUUUCUCGACAAGCUCUACCCGGCGCAUCUCUCCCGCUACUUUGUGGACCUGCUGCAUCUGCGCAAGUACAUCAACAAUCCGCAAAUCGAGCACUUUCCGUAUCACGAUGCCAACGCCCUGGCCCUGCCCAUACUCAACUACAGCUUCGCCCUGUUGCAUCAUGUGGCAGGCGCCGCAACGCAGCCCAAGCUGGACGCAGAGGGUCAGCCUCUGCCCAUCGAGUACACGUAUUUGACGCGUGCCCUGCGCGUCACGAAUGUGCGCUAUUAUCGCCAGCCCAUCGAGAAGUUGCCCGCCUACGAGUUUGUGCCCGCGGCGCCGGAUGCACGGCAUCUGCGUGCCGUAUUCGAGGCGCAGGUGCCGCACGCGAAUGUGCCGCAGCUUUUUGAGCAGCUGGAGCUGCUGCCGCCGGAUCUGCAGCUGUACGGGCUGGCCAUUGUCUACUGGCUGCACAGGUCGGAGCACUGCGAUAUGCUGCAUCUGCACGCGCUGCUGCUGUGCCUCGUCGUGCUGCGCACCGUGGACGUCACGAUACCCGCCGAGCGGGAUCGCCGCGAGUUCCAGCGUCGCUUUGGCAAGAUCUUGCGGCAGGAGCGUGCCGUGCGCGACAAGGAGGCGGCGGCCGGCGUUAGACGUGGCAUUAAGCCAGCGCUGCUGGAGCUGACGGUGCCGGAGCGCAUGUCGCAGGUGCCCAAGUCGGACUGCUAUCUGGUGCAGGAGCGUCUCUUGCCGCACUUUCACAUGCAGGAAAUCUUCAAGAAGAAGUACGAUCUGUACUCGACGAGCGUGCUGCACGCCUUUGCCGAGUUCCAGUCGGUUGUCUACCAGCUGAAUGGCCUCAAUGCGCUGCUGGAUCGGCCCCUGAGCAGUCCGCGCAUGAAUCAGCUCUACUGCGGCGCCUUCAUCUACAAUCUGUAUGAUUUGCUGCGCAAUCGGUUGGAUGUGCGCUACCAUGUGGAGCAUUUCCUGCUGGCCGAUUCGCGUCUCAUGUUCGACUUCUAUUGCUAUCUGUACGAUUGGUGUGCGGCUUUUGUGCCGCCCUGGAAGCAGCAGUCGGCGCCGGAGCAGGCGGCCGCCAAGGUCGUGGAGAAGAAGCGUCUGAAGAAGCAGCGACAGGCGGCACGUAAAGCGGCUGCGGUUGCCGCCGACGGCGCCGAUCCGAAUGCGGAAAUGCUGCAGAAAACUGAGAACGAAGAGGAUACAUUUUUUGAUUUAAACAACAAAUUCUGUGGCUUAAAAGUGUAAAUAUUUAGUAAAAAGUUUGGUUAACAUUUUCAAA